ACUCGAACAAGAAAGAUCAUGUUUGGAUUCCUUCCCUUCAUAUACAGCGACACGGCGGAAUGUAUAGAUGGCCUCAUCGUUUACAACAAAGAGUAACUACAUAUUAUAUAACAGCGUGGGGGCGGGCGAGCCCUCUCACUCGGCGCAAUAUCAUUCUCAACCGUACUUCACAACAUCUUCACCUCGCCACCUGAAUUUGCACCUGCCAUUGCUAUUGUUGUACAGAUUUUUCUGCCGCCAUUGUCACCAACCUUGCGUGGAAAUUUUUCUUGGUGAAAAUUUUGCUCAAUAAAAAAACUUUUCGCUGUGAAGACCAGAUACCACUCUCACAAGGACAGUAAUGACGACAUUUUUCUAACUUCCACCAUCAACUUUGUGAUAGGCAAUGAUGGAACAAAGCAACAAGGACAUCGAUCCCGGCAUUAUGGAGGUCGAUCAAACUACGAGCAACAGUGUCGCUGGCGACCCUGUUGCCCAUGCUGACUCCGCCGAGUCACUUCGUCUUCGAAACCUCGAUGCGCAUGUGCAGGAUCAAGAUGACCUUGAACGCAACAUUGGUCGCAAAGCAGACAGACUCCUUUUCGAGCAAGCAAAUCAGCGAGAUCAACAAAGACUCGACAAGUCUAAAGCCCAAAGAGAGAAGCUGCAGAACCAGAUCCGAAAACUGCGUGAGGAGAUCAGUCGGCCUAUCGGCAUCACCCAACGCACAAAAUUGAAGCGAGACGUCGAUCGAAUGCAGGGUCAGAUACAAAGUCUGGACGAUGACAUUGCCGACAUUGAAGGAAGAAUGCAUGACCGGGAGACACAGGCAGACCAAGAUCAACAGCAUGAUACUUCUUCAGCCGGCCGUCUGCCAAAUGAGACACAGAGAGAUUUCUUGAUCCGAACUGGAAAGAUAACACCUUUCUCCAAGUUCGGACUCUCGAAUCAUGGGGAAUCUUCGGCUACACUUCAAGGCGCACUUCUCGAUGCCGAAGAAGAGACAGACCUUGCUGAUCUCAAUCCUGAUAUCACAGAUGGCAAAAUCAUGUCUCAUCGAAACCUCCGACAGCCCGGCUUUGCUUCAAAUUUCGUUGAUUCAAGCACAGAAGAGAGCUCAAGCUCUGACCGACCACGCAAGCGAAGACGCAUCGUUCAGAAGACCAAGAAGACGGGCGAUGACGAUUCGUAUGGUGAAAGUUCUCCACAGGAUGAAACCAUGACCGACUCUGUCGAUGAAGACGAAGACGAGUUGAUGCCCACCACCACUGGUAAGAAGAGACGAAGGCAACAGAAUCCACUCGCCGGGAUCGACGACGACGUUGAGGACUUCCGCGGUAUCGACGACGGUAAUGAAGCGGUGUAUCGAUCACGGAUCAAAAAAUGGGCUCUCAGACGACGCCGUGCUAGAAAUCGGGUGCAAGAGGCCGAAGGAGUAGAGCGUGUUGAUCUCAAUGAAGAUGGUGAUCCAGAGAGGAUCACGAAAGAAGAAGCUCAUCUUCCUCAUCCCGAGAUUGCCGACACUGUCUUCGAUCAAGGCUACAAGCUGCCCGGAGAUAUCUACCCUAGUCUCUUCGACUAUCAAAAGACUGGAGUGCAGUGGCUGCACGAGCUCUACACCCAGCAGGUUGGAGGCAUCAUUGGUGAUGAGAUGGGAUUAGGCAAGACCAUUCAGAUCAUUUCCUUUUUGGCAGGACUACACUACAGCCACAAAUUGACCAAGCCCGUCAUUGUCGUGUGCCCAGCCACGGUCAUGAAACAGUGGGUCAACGAGUUUCACAGAUGGUGGCCUCCUUUCCGUGUUGCCAUUCUGCAUUCAUCUGGCAGCGGCAUGAUCAAUGUACAGAAUGAGGCAACCAAGGAAGAUCGACUACUCGACAUGGCGUGGGACCCGAACCGAAGCCGCCAGCCAUUGACUCCGGCUCAAAAGGCAGCUCGACGCGUCCUCAACCCCAUCUUGGAAGAAGGAGGUGUUCUUGUGACGACAUACUCAGGAGUACAGACCUACGCUCCGCUUCUCAUCCCUGUCAAUUGGCAAUAUGCUAUUCUAGACGAAGGCCACAAGAUCAGAAAUCCCGAUACUGCGAUAACUAUCUAUUGCAAAGAACUACGCACACCGAACCGAAUCAUUCUCUCGGGUACACCCAUGCAAAACAACCUGGUCGAAUUGUGGUCAUUAUUUGACUUUGUCUUCCCUAUGCGCCUCGGCACCCUGGUCAACUUCAGGAACCAAUUCGAAAUACCCAUCCGACAGGGUGGUUAUGCCAACGCUUCCAACCUUCAGGUUCAAACCGCGUUCAAAUGUGCCGAGACUUUGAAAGAUGCCAUUAGUCCUUACUUGCUCCAGCGUUUCAAGGUUGAUGUGGCCUCAGACCUGCCUAAGAAGAGUGAACAAGUACUCUUUUGCAAGUUGACUGCUCUGCAGCGAAGUUCGUACAAGCGCUUCAUCGGUUCCGGGGAGAUGGAUGCUAUUAUGAAUGGCAAACGUCAAGCCCUCUAUGGAAUUGAUAUCCUCCGAAAAAUCUGCAACCAUCCCGAUCUCGUUGAUCAUAAACGCCUUUCCAUCAAAGCUGGCUAUAAUUAUGGUGACCCUGCAAAGUCUGGCAAGAUGCAAGUUGUCGGCUCACUCUUAGAGCUUUGGAGAGACACUGGUCACAAGACACUUCUGUUCGCUCAACAUAGGAUCAUGCUUGAUAUCCUCGAGAAGUUCGUCAAAUCCCUACCAAGCUUCAAGUAUCGCCGCAUGGACGGAAACACUCCGAUACAACAGCGACAAAGCAUGGUCGAUGAGUUCAACACUGACCCUGAUCUCCACGUUUUCCUUCUGACUACCAAAGUUGGUGGACUUGGCAUCAACCUUACUGGAGCAGAUCGAGUCAUCAUAUACGAUCCGGAUUGGAACCCUUCCACUGAUCUGCAGGCUCGUGAGAGAGCAUGGCGGCUUGGCCAGAAGCGUGAGGUGACCAUUUACCGUCUGAUGACCGCUGGUACAAUCGAAGAAAAAAUUUACCAUCGACAAAUCUUCAAGCAAUUCUUGACAAACAAGAUUCUGAAGGAUCCUAAACAGCGACAGACCUUCCAUUUGAACGACCUCCACGACCUCUUCUCUCUUGGAAAUGAUGGAGCACCCACUGAAACCAGUGCGCUCUUCAAAGAUGCUCAAGUACAAGUCGGUGCAAAAUCGGAAGGGAAGCCGACGGACACGUCUUCGAAUGCAAAUGCUCAAACAAAGGCUGCUGGUGAUAGAGGAAUAGAGGCGCUGCCUGGUAUAUCUUCGAUGGAACAAUAUGCUGGUGAAGUCGAAGAGGAAGAAAAAGCCAACCAGGCGGGAGCGAACAAUUCCGAGGCGAGAAUGAUGGAAGGUAUCUUCGCGAGAUCUGGGAUUCAUUCCGCAGUUGAGCACGACGCCAUCAUUGAUGGUACAAAGCCGGGAAAGAUCAUGGCAGAUCCAGUAUUGGUAGAACAGGAGGCCCGAAGAGUGGCUGCGGAAGCUGCGAAGGAGCUUAGGCGUGCUGGUGAGGUGGCUCGAACCGUGCCAGUGGGAACUCCAACCUGGACUGGACAGUUUGGAGUCUCGGGUCGGCCACAAGAAACAACUGCGCAGCGAGCCUUCAGUUCGGGGCCUCGCGCCAGAGGUGCAGGCAUGCAGUCUUCAAGUCUCCUCGCUGGCUUGCAACAACGACAGGCAGGAUUGGGAUCAAGCCGCGACGCAACGCCCAGAACUUCAAGCCCAGCACGAUCGUCUGGUUCGGCAGCUUCAGUUUCUCGAUCUGGCACGCCUGCUUUGCCACAAGGAAAAGACUUUGGGAAGUUGAUUCGAGACUAUCUUUCAAGUCACGGUGGAAGUGUUUAUACCCAGAUGUUGAUUGAUCACUUCAAUCGGUUCUGCACCACGCCCCAGGCUACUGCCGAGUUCAAGGAGACUCUCAAGUUGAUCGCGAGACUUGAAAAAGGAAGCCGUGGCCGAGGUCGGUGGGUGUUGAAGGACGAGUACAAAAAGUAGUGCUCUGUCAUUCGGGAGUCUAAUUAAUGCCUGUUGAUAGACAGAAGCAUAGUGUGAUACUCGUAAUAGAAGUCCAC